CAGUAUUUUGCCGAGAUAGCGUGUUGUAUGCUAAUAAGUUUUAACUAAAUGCAGAGACAUCAAUACUCGGUACAUCUUGAUAUGGGACUCGCGAUAUGGAAACCAGAAUCACAAUGCAAUUCACUAUUUUGUUUCGUUGAUAGUUUUAGUAACAAAGAAAAUGGCGACCAAUGGAGAUGAGAUGAACGUACUUAAUCCUGUAGCACGAACAAUCUUGCAAGGCCUCUAUGAUUCUCAAAGUCCUUUUCAUUUACUGUUGGGAAUGCAUUACAUUUUAAAGACAAUAUGGAGUGAUAUUGUAACAUACUGGAAAUCGUGUAUUAAAUUAAGUGAUGAUAGUAACUUGAGUUAUGUGAAACUAAAAUGGGGCUAUCAUCACACUACGUCAGAUCUUAACUGGAUAGUGCGGUUCCCAACUCCGCACAAUAUAGACAUUAAUAUGAUGCCUUUUAUCAUGGAGAAGCAGUUUCAUAAUACGAAACUUCCGGAAUAUUUGCGAUCAUACUGGGACGAGAUUAUACGGCAGUGUAUCGUGAAAAAUGAUGUAGGUAAAAUAGGAUAUCUUACCAUCCAAGAAAGUUAUGUUGAUCAAGGUAGGAAUGUUAUAUAUUCUAAAUCACUCCAUCAUUAUUUAUUUUUCAUACUUGGCCACUUUUCGUUUAAGCGUAGAAAGGAACGCGGCAAUCAUUCCAAAGCGCUACUUUUUGACACUUUCUUCUUACCUUUACAAAUGUUCUCUUCAAUGGUCCCUUUGUAGUUUGUAUGGCACUUAGCCAGUGGCGAAAAUAAUUGGGUGAGGACCCCACCAUGAUUGCAAUUUUGUCCUAAACAAGACUAAAAACAGCCAAAUAUGAGUGUAAAUUGCAGUUUUGUCGGAGGUUUUGCAAUAUUCCUUUCCCUUUCCAUUGUUUUGAAUGUCUCUCUGUUUUCUAUGCCAUGCACUCACUCAUUUUUUUGACGUGUUUGUGGCAUUACGCCGCAUAAGGCCCAUUCAAUCUUCUAAAUUUAUAUAUGCUGACCACCAAUUGAAAGUAUAUUUCUGGUGGCCAUUACCCACUACUUACUACUAUCUAUAAUUUUGUAAUAAAAAUUAAAUAUUACAGGUUCAUCACAGAGAAGAGCUGGCAUACACACCGAGUCCCCAGGUGUUGUGUUAUUAAAACGCAGCAAGGGAGAAGCUCAACACUUCCCUGCAUUUGAUCGAGGUUUCUGGGGUCAUGGAGUUGCAAAAUGCGAUUUGAAUUUAGAAGGUGGUAUUUACAUGGCAUCAAAUGUGGAAAACUCUUGUACAGUUUGGGAUUGUCAAAUCCUACGAUCUGAAGGAAACUGCCCUGAUGCUGUUGGUAUUCAUGGCGAUAUUGAACAUCUGAGAGAAUUUUUACCUCCAGAAAGUGAAGUUAUGGCUGCAAAUACACUCUACUGGAUCACAGAUAGAACACCGCACGAGGCUUUGCCUCAAAAUGAAGGAACAUAUAGACAGUUUUUUAGACUUGUAACAAGUGAAGUAUCAUUCUGGUUUCAAGAUCAUUCUACAAAGAACCCGCUUGGCGUUGUUCCCGAUCCAGAAUUCACAAAAAUUCUCAAAGGUUCGAAGUUUGAUGGAAGUUUCCACUUAGCUGAUUAACAUUGCAGUGGCCUAACUACUAUGGGUUCAGACCGGGCGAACCCGGGGGCCCCCAACCCCAAUGGGCCAAAUGGAGAUCCCCAGGCUCAGGCUGUUGAACCAAAACAUUGGCCAGGGAGGCCUCUGAUAUGUUACAUUAUUAUAUAUCAAUAGUCAAAGUCGCAUUUUUCUAGUGUUUUAUUGGUUGAGAGCAUAUCACGUGAGAGUGACGAAAUUA